UGUGCCUCAUCAAUGCGUAGUAAACCCACCCACUGGUGAACUAGAAGCCAAACCCAGGGUCUCACAGAACCGGCGUAGACCGUGGAAGAAGCGGUCCAAAACUAGUCUAACGACGAGAAUAUCCUGAACAGAGGAUCCUUUCUACAGAAAAAAAAUGAAGGAAAAGAACCUAAUAGAGACUGCCAAAAUGCAAGGGAACGUAAUGGAGCUGGUGGGGAGUAACCCUCCUCAGAGGAACUGGAAGGGUAUUGCGAUCGCCCUGCUUGUCAUUCUGGUCAUCUGCUCCCUGAUCGUCACCUCGGUCAUCCUGCUGACACCAGGCGAGGAUGACAGCUUGGCCCUCAAGGGGAAACUGACCGUGGGGGACAUCUACAGGAAGGACUUCAAGGUUCACGACCCUGAGGCCAAGUGGAUCAACAGUAAUGAGCUACUGUAUCGCACACGUGAGGGGGAUGUUGUCAGGCUCAACAUGGAGACGUAUGAGAGGACGGUACUGGUGCACAACAAAAAGUUUGAAAUGUACAAAGCCAGCAAGUAUGAAGUGUCUCCUGACAUGAAGCAUGUGCUGCUCGCCUACAACGUGGCACCGGUGUACCAGCACUCGUUCACUGCCUUCUACAUCAUCUGCAGCCUGGAGACUCCGGAGACAUGGAACCUGAACCCUCCAGAGGUAAGGAACGCCCAACUGCAGUACGCAGGCUGGGGACCCAGGGGCCAGCAGCUGAUUUUUAUUUUUGAGAACAACAUCUACUACCGUUCGACGGUGGAGAGCCGAUCGAUCCGUCUGGUUUCCACCGGCAAGGAGGGGGUCAUCUUCAACGGGCUCAGCGAUUGGCUGUACGAAGAGGAGAUCUUCCAGACCCAUAUUGCCCACUGGUGGUCUCCGGAUGGUGCCCGGCUGGCAUAUGCCACCAUCAAUGACACUAUGGUGCCCAGGAUGGAGAUCCCUAUGUUCACAGGAACUACUUACCCUACCGGGAGGGAGUAUCACUACCCUAAGGCUGGGGAGGAAAAUCCAGUCAUCUCUUUGUAUGUGGUCAACCUGAACGGGCCCCUGCACACCAUCGAGAUGAGGAGACCUGAAGACCCGAGGAUGGGAGAGUACUAUGUCACCAUGGUGAAAUGGGCGACUACCACCAAAUUGGCAGUGAAUUGGUUAAACAGAGCCCAGAACAUAUCCAUGCUGACGUUGUGUCAGGCCACCACCGGCGUCUGCACGAAGAAACAUGAGGACGAAAGUGAAAGUUGGCUACACAGACAGAAUGAGGAGCCGCUGUUCUCCAAAGACGGUCUGAAGUUGUUCUUCACCAGAGCCAUCCCACAGGGAGGCAGGGGCAAGUUCUUCCACAUCUCCAUGUCCAUCACACAGCCCAACACCAGCACAGACACGCUGCAGUCCAUCACGUCUGGAGACUGGGACGUCACCCAGGUCCUGGCCUACAACGAGAACAUCCAGCUAAUAUACUUCUUGAGCACAGAGGACGAUCCGAAACGCAGGCACCUCUACAGUGCGGACACAGUGGGCCCUUUCAACAGACGCUGUCUCUCCUGUGACUUCUACGAAGGUUGUGGCUACGUCACAGGCUCCUUCAGCCACAGCAUGAGCCUCUUCCUGCUUAGCUGCAAAGGCCCUGAUGUCCCGUUUGUAGCAGUGUACAGCACACAGGACAGACAGAAGGUGUUUGACCUGGAGACCAAUGAGAAUCUGAGGAUGAGGCUGGACUCCAUGCAGAUGCCCCGCGUGGAAUACAAGGAGAUCAACAUUGAGGAUUACACACUAACGAUGCAGAUCCUCAAACCUGCCAGCUUUGUGGACUCAUCGCACUAUCCUCUGCUCCUCCUUGUCGAUGGCACCCCCGGUGGCCAGAUGGUGUCAGAGCAAUUCCACAUAGACUGGGCCACGGUGCUGGUGAGCAGCUUCGGGGCAAUGGUGGUUCGCUUUGACGGGCGGGGCAGUGGCUUCCAGGGGACCAACCUGCUGCACCGCGUCCAGAGGAAGCUGGGCGUGUUUGAGGAGAAGGACCAGCUGGAGGCCCUCAGUAUUAUAUCUAAAGAGCCAUAUGUUGAUAAGACCAGGAUUGGAGUUUAUGGCAAGGUGUAUGGAGGCUACGUGACCAGCCUGUUACUCAGCGCCGAGGAUUCCCUGGUGAAAUGUGGUGCGGCUCUCUCACCCAUCACGGACUUUGACCUAUAUGCAUCAGCGUUUUCAGAGAGAUACCUGGGACAGCCCAAGCCUGACCCAAGAGCAUAUGCGAUGGCCAAUCUAGCACACAGGGCAUCUCAGUUCUUGGACAAGAAGUUUCUGAUUGUACACCCAACAGCAGAUGAAAAAGUGCAUUUCCAGCACACAGCGAAAUUCAUCGCCCAGCUGAUCAAUGAAAACGCCAACUACACUCUGCAGAUCUACCCAGACGAGGGCCACUUCAUCCACACCGAGGCCACGCGGCAGCACCUCAGCCAGUCACUGGUCAACUUCUUCGAGGAGUGUUUCCGGCUACCGGACAACGUGUUCGAGGAGAUACUGGAGGAGGAGAUCGAAGAAGAGGGUUAGCCUGGGCAA